AUGCUGCAGAAGGGAGCACCAGCCACAUCAGAGAGCGCGGUGAAGAGCGCGGUGACGCGGACGAGGAUGAACGUCCAACGGCGCAAACUUGCCAAGGAGGAAAAAAAGAAACAGCGCGGGUCGAACAAAGGCAGGCGUUGGCAAAAGGUGCGCGAUGACCAGGAUGUCUGCUGGAGAGUCGCGUCGGGCGGAUCUUGUGAGUUCGGUGCGGAGUGUCGCUGGAGUCACGAUGUUCCUGCAUACCUGGCUGCAAAACCAAGAGACGUCCGCUUCCCCACCCCCUCUGAUCUGAGCGACAUUCCCCCGUUCGUGCAGACCGUGGGCGAUGCCGGUGCUAUACAGGCAGGUGACGAAAAAGAAGAAUCUUCUAUCGACUUUUCUACGAAAUGCCCGGUGUUCGAGGAGACAGGGGCAUGCCGACACGGAUUCAAGUGUCGCUUCCUUGGGGGACACGUCCAUAAAGCUGAAGAUAACACAUUAUUGCUGAUACAAGACGAAGAUAGGAAGGCACGACUCAUGCGCUCAACAACAGAGGCCAACUUCCUGGACGCGUCAACCAUGAAGUUACUCCGAACGAAGAAGUAUCCCCUUCCAAUCACGGAUGCCUAUCUUCGUGAACUCCAGUUACAGAAUGUGAAAGAGGGCAACGGCAAAGAAGGCUCCAAAGAUGAAGUCGACGCUUCUCCCUACACUCCUCGUUCCCCAGAAGCUGAUCCAGAGCCGAGCCGAGAGGAGCCUACAGCAGACCCCGAAGUCGUUCCAAAAACCCCCUCCACCUCUACUCCCGAAAACCUUGCUUCCACUGUACCUCCCGAGAAUGCUGCUAUCCCUCCUUUGGCGCCUUCGACGGAGGAAAUGGAGACGCAGAAUGACACUCCUGAUGUCCCCACCCGUUUCACCGAAAAGAAGAGGCUUGUCUGGUCCGAUAAGACAUACCUUGCGCCCUUGACUACAGUUGGCAACUUGCCGUUCCGGCGCCUAUGUGUUACGCUCGGAGCUGACAUCACAUGCGGUGAAAUGGGCCUGGCGAACUCCUUCCUCUCCGCGUCAAAAGAGGAAUGGUCAUUGGUCCGACGACACCCGUCUGAGACGAUGUUUGGCGUGCAACUUGCGGGGAGUAAACCUUCGUUACUCGUCCCUACGGCCGAAGUGAUUGCCAAGGAGUGCUCAGGCGGCGUAGACUUCGUUGAUCUCAAUUGUGGAUGCCCGAUAGAUUUGGUGUUCAGAACUGGAAGCGGUUCGGCCUUGCUGGACACGCCUGGAAAGCUUGGCAAGAUUCUGAUUGGGAUGAAUAAAGCACUCGGAGAGAUCCCCUUAACCAUCAAACUACGUACCGGAGUCAAGGAGGGAAAAAAUACUUCACAUAAGUUGAUGCCAAGGAUCAGUUCCGAAUGGAACGUCUCUGCGAUGACUCUCCAUGGCAGAACGCGGCAGCAACGCUAUUCUAAAUUGGCAGAUUGGGAAUAUAUCAAGAGCUGCGUCGAGGCCGUACGCGCUCGUGAAGAGGAAGAAGAUCUACCCAGAAUUCCCAUAUUCGGUGGAGGCGAUUGCUUUUCCUCGCAGGACUACUGGCAUGCUGUCGAAAAUUACAGUGUGGACGGGGUCAUGGUGGCCCGUGGUGCCCUCAUCAAGCCUUGGAUUUUCACCGAAAUUAAAGAGCGAAGGGAGUGGGAUAUCAGCUCGAAAGAGCGUUUGGAGUUGAUUCGUCAGUAUGCAGAGUUCGGCCUAAACCAUUUUGGUACUGACACGGCGGGUGUGAAUACGGCGCGCCGGUACCUCUGCGAGGCGCUCUCGUUCCAAUACCGUUACGUGCCGAUCGGCCUGCUCGAACAUCUUCCAGGACGAAUUAACGACCGCGCGCCCCUAUUCCGCGGGCGCGAUGACCUCGAAACGUUGCUUGCGAGUGGCGAUAGUCGGGACUGGGUCAAGAUAUCCGAGAUGUUCUUGGGCCCUGCACCCGAGUCCUGGUCUUUCACACCCAAGCACAAGAGCAACGCCUACGGAAACGAAGAAAGCCAAGGCUAGGUGUAGCUGGGGAUGAAGAACGUCGUCCUACCAGACUGUAAAAACUCUUGCACGCCGUGUGCCCUACAUCUCCGUCUCAUGUAUCACUAAAUAAUACAUGCCCAGCAACUUCGGGUAAGGCCGUACCUGUAGCUCCGUCUGAUGUACAUGUUCUACACGUGCAUAAAAUGUUAGCCAUACAAGAAAAUUACACCAC